GUAGUUUUAGGAACGCAUUUGAAAUCUUGUGCAAGAACUGACCAAUUGGCAGUAGCAAAAGGGGGAGGGGCACGAAAGCUUUAGUAGCCGCCAUGUUUUUCUGUGAGUGGGGUGUGUAGAAGAGGCCGGGGUGAAAAUCAUCUCUCGAGGCAUGCAGUGUCAAAAUGGGAAGGAAACUAAACUUGUUAUCCUUCGCUAAGACCUGCCAGCCUCAUUUCCACAAAAUAUCCACCACCUGUGCACAAGAACCAAAUAAUUUUUAAUUGAAGUAACUGAACACUACCACUAAUCGUGGGAAACAUAAAAUAAAACUCAAGAAAUUAUAAGUAACCAAGAGAAGUAAAAGAAUAUUUAUCAAGUUAAUACAUGUCAAGGUGGUGGAUUCAGUAAAAUUGAAACAUUAAAGGACAAUAAUAUAAUACAAUAACUCUAUUGUAAAUAGGAGAGAAGAUGAUCACCCUGGAGGUAGUAGAGUCUGUGAAAGUUCUUGGGUCUAGGAGGAACUUUAAUCAAAGGAAAUGAGGAACCCGGCACUGCAUCUGGUCGGGAUAGCGGCGUCCCCUGGAGGAGGUGAAGUUUUUGGUACAAGGGCCGAGGAGGAGUUGCGUCAGUGGCUAGAGACACGCUUGGACGCAUUGGGAAUAGACCCAAUUGCGUACUCGCGGUUUGUACUCAGCUUACUACGCCGCCCCGACUCGGCCCUAAGUCCUCCAGAAGAAGCUGUAGGUACAGGAAGAUACGGAGGACGUCGUAUACGUGCCCGACCCAAAGCAAAGCUGCCAUCACAAGGAGAUAGAGAACAGAGACGUGCUGUUGUGCAAUGUCUGACAAGUGCUGCCGAUAAUAAAUGUGGAGUAGAAACGCUGGUCGAUGAAUUAUGCAUGAAACUACGAGAUUUGGAAGGUGGUGGCUCAAGCGAGAAAGAAGAAGAAUCCAAAAAAUCUGAUGGUGAAAACAAGGCAAGCCUGGAGUCGCUUACCCCUCGCGACAGAGCCCUCAGAUAUUAUGCAGCAUUUCCUGCUUUGCAACCUACAACUCUGAAAAAAGUUUCUCAAAGAAAGGAGAGAAACUUAGGAAACAAUAACAACAACAAUAAUAACAACAACAACAACAAUAAUAAUAACAACAACAAUAACAACAACAACAACAACAGCAGUAACAAUAAAAUCAACGGGGUUAGCUAUAAUAAUAACAAAAAUAACAAUAAAUCUCGCAAUAAGAAAACCAAAAUGUCCAUUAGCAUCGAACCACGAAGAUCAGAGGAAAAAGAAAGUUUUGGAUUUGUUAAGUCAAUGGAACGCGAAAGAGAAAUGGAACGAGAAUUAGAAUUGGAUCAAUUGAGAUUGGCACAGUUGCAAGCGAAGUUUAAUGAAAGCUUGGAAGCACUUUGGGAUUCAGGACCAGGCAAUGCACAGGACACAGCUUCUAUUUGGGCGGCUCCCACUCUCUCUAUUCCUUCAGGACCCCUUUGGCCGACAGACACUACCGAGACAAUCUUUACUUUAUCCACCUCGGACAAUGGUUACGCUACUGACACACCGUACCAGGAAUCAAUUGUCGACGACUCGCCACUCAUUCCAUGGGAUAUCGACUUGAUCAGCAUCGAGGAUUACGCGGAUGAAUGUAGUAACAAGAAUAAAUCAGAGAACAAUGUUAACUGGUCUGACUCAGCUAUGGAUGGAUCUUGGUGCUGGAAAGGGCUCGGCAGCAAUUUGGCUGCGUUGGGCCACAGUCCUCAGACAGGUAGCUGCUUCUUUCCAGUCGCACCUCGUAAAACACCCAUAGGAACACGCAAAGAAUCUCGUUCAAAUCUGAAGGUGAACAGCCUUCCGGAACCGGACGAGGACUUGCUCACUUCCGCUCGCACACACUUUCGUCCAAUAAAGGAUGACGGUCAGUGGGCCGACGGGACUACAUUUCCUGUGAACAAUACCUUAGAGCGAGUUGCGUAUCGCAGAUCUGAGUCAGGGAACUUGUUAUACCUUCCUGGUGGAGAGAGCCCGUACAUGGAGUAUCGGGAGAGUGACUCGCCGAUUCCGCCGGUAUCGUCGAAUUUAACGUUGAAAUUCAGGGUGCGUCAAUGUGACAAGUGCGUUCAAACCGAGCCCAUUCGAUCUCCGGUCAAACGCAGAAUUCUCUCCGAACAGGAUCAUUUCCAUUAUACUCCAGUCGGAGUAGAAGAUACUGUUAUUCGCGAAGAGGAAAAAGUCAAGAAAGAUUGCUAUGCAUUGGGUCAACUGGGCUGGGUACAAUCUAAUGUACCUCUGCACAAUGAUAGGAAAAGGUAAUCAGCACGAUACUAAGAAAAUUCACAUAGUUGUUGACGGCUAUGUUUUCUUUUAUUUUUUAUUUUUUUCCUUCCUUUCUUUCUUUCUGUACACGCUCUGAACCAUGUCGAUCGGCUAGAUUACCAUUAUUUAAGGAAUGUUCAUCGCCGUUAUCGUUACGUUGUUCCUUUAACGAAAACUGAUCACCUUCAUAGUUCGUUCGGAGGUACGGAGCGUAUUUAUUAGACCAAAGAUCAUUGCCCGAUCAGUCGAAGCAAAAUUUAUGUUUGUUAAUC